ACAUUCCGCUGAGUACGUUACGUUUACUUGAUGAAUCAUCAGUAAUUGGAGUUCGCCAUCAGUCUUUUGCCCAUGACGGCCCUGUAUAUGCAAUUGUUGGUUUUCGAAAAUUUGGUGUAGAAAAUGCACUGAGACAAAUCUUUCCGAGGAGAAAUCUUGAUUAUGAUUAUUACCGUUGA